AUGACCUGGGCCAAACUAAGUCAAGAAACGCGUCCGGUCGUGCACCCGGACUUUCAUCGACAGAGCCGCACCUGAGGGCUGAGGCGGGAACUUUAGCCCGGGCCCACUGCUCUGACAGCGUACUACCCUUUUUCUACGAUAGAGCAACGCACCACUCGGAUUUCACGGUAUUUUCCUUCCGAUUUCACAGAGCGAGGAUUGCGCAGACUGCCGAGGGUUUUUUUUAUUGGCGAUGGUGGUACCAUCGACUUCUUCAGCUUUUGAGUCAUCUUCGUCUUCUUCGUCUUCGUCUAUGGAGAAUUUCAGUAAUCUUCCUAUCAUGUCGCUCCGGAGCAAAAUUGUCGAGAAGAUAAUGGAGAAUCGCGUCACUCUGAUCGUCGGUGAAACCGGCUGCGGGAAGAGCUCGCAAGUUCCUCAGUUUUUACUAGAAGCAAAUAUUGAGCCGAUAAUAUGUACACAACCAAGGAGAUUCGCUGUGGUGGCAGUUGCUAAAAUGGUGGCCAAAGCUCGAAAUUGUACAACAGGGGGUGAGGUUGGAUAUCACAUUGGUCAUUCCAAGGUUAUCUCUUCAAGCUCUAAGAUCAUCUUUAAAACUGCUGGAGUUUUGUUGGAGGAAAUGCGAGAAAAAGGCAUGAAUGCUUUGAAGUAUAAGGUUAUUAUUCUUGAUGAAGUUCAUGAACGUUCUGUUGAAUCGGAUCUUGUUCUCGUAUGUGUAAAACAGUUUCUGAUAAAGAAUAGCGCGUUAAGGGUUGUAUUGAUGUCUGCUACUGCUGAUAUUUCAAGAUACAAGGAUUACUUUAAAGAUCUUGGGAGAGGUGAAAGGGUUGAAGUUUUAGGUAUCCCGAGUUCCAGCCAGCAUACCCUGUAUCAACGUAGAGUUUCAUAUCUUGAGCAGGUGGUUGAACUUUUGGAAAUGGAUUCAGAAACACCUCUGUCAUUAAAAUACUGUUCAGGAUCAAGCCCAUCAUGUGAAGCAACCAUGAACGAAGAGCAAUGGCUUUCUUUGAGUCGUUUCAGCAGUGCUUUCAAAAUCCACAUCUUACAUAGCAGCAUUGACACAGAGCAAGCUCUUAAUGCAAUGAGAAUCUGGAAAUCUCAUCGCAAGGUUAUAUUAGCAACAAACAUUGCAGAAUCUUCUGUAACAAUUCCAAAAGUUGCAUAUGUCAUUGAUUCUUGUAGAUCAUUGCAAGUCUACUGGGAUGCAAAUAGAAAAACCGAAUCCUCAGAGAUCGUUUGGGUAUCUGAAUCUCAGGCUGAGCAGCGUAGGGGAAGAACAGGGCGGACUUGUGAUGGUGAAGUUUAUCGACUUGUGACAGAACCAUUUUUUGGGCAGCUAGAGAAAUAUGAGACUCCAGCUAUAUUGAAGUUAUCAUUGAGACAACAAGUGCUUCUUACAGCUUGUGCUGAAUCAAGAACCAUAAAUGAUCCAAAAGUGUUGUUGCAAAAAGUUAUGGAUCCACCAAAACCGGGAGUUGUUGAAGAUGCAUUAGAUUUGCUUGUUCACAUUCGUGCUUUAGAGACAACAUCUCCCAGAGGGCGAUAUGAGCCAACUUUCUAUGGGAGAUUGCUUUCCAGUUUUUCAUUAUCUUUUGAUGCUUCCAUGCUUAUACUCAUAUUUGGAGAAGCUGGAAUGUUACAUGAAGGGAUUAUAAUGGGUAUCCUUAUGGAUACUCAGCCUUUACCAAUCAUUCGCCCCUUUGGACAAGAAGCAUUGUUUUCUAAGUUCACUGAUGAUUACUAUAAUCAAAAUGGUAAAAUCACUGGUUUGAUGGGUAGGAAGGAAGUCAUAUACAUGGCAAACUUUUGUGCUUUCCACUUCUGGCAACGUACUUUUAAGGAUAACUUUCGACUUGAGCGUUUGAAAAACAUAUUAAAGUUUAAAGAGACAACAGACAUCCAAAUUCCUCCCUUGAAGAUAGAAGAAGAAUGGUGUUUAUUCCACAAUCUUGUCCAGUCAUCACUUCAGCAUGUUGCAAAUAUAUAUGAGAGUGUUCUUAAUUCUAUACAUAGAUUUCGUCCCAAGUUUCUAGCAACUUCCAGUGGUCUACCACCUUACACACCCUAUGAACAUAAGCAUACAUGUCUUCUCACAGCUGAAUACAAUGAAGAUUCCGAUACAUUUCCCAUAGAAGAUGACAUCAGCACUACUAUUCAUGAACCUAAAAAAUGCAUAGCUCUACCUUUUGUGGAUGCACAUGGAUUCAACAAGAAAGGUGUCUCUUUCACAUUGGCUAACUCAAUCAAACAGAUAAGGUCCCGAUAUCUGGAGGACAUAUCUGACAACCAAGAGAUUUCCAAUUCUUACAGUGGUUCAGAAGUUUCUCAAUGUAGAUUUUUUCUCAAUGGGACAUGUAACAAAGGAAGCCUUUGUUUAUAUGCCCAUUCAUUAGAAGCUAAAAAACCAGUUUGUAAAUUCUUCCUAUCAUUACAGGGAUGUAGAAAUGGAAAUACGUGUUAUUUCUCUCAUACUUCAGAGCAACCACGUUCUUUACAAAAUGAGCAAGGAUUAUGUGUGUCAGAAGAUGUAUCUGCUGAUGCUUCUAUGCUUUUGAGUUUAUUUCCAACUCCAGAUGAAGGAUGUGUUCUUUUAUUUGAUGAUUUUGAUAUUCAAUUCUCUGCAAAUUUUGCUCAGUUUUACAACGCGUCAUCUAUAUUAUGCACAACUUCUGCAGUUGAAACUUCAGUUGAUCCAUAUCUGAAAGAUAUAAGAAUACAUUGGGGACUCUCUCAUCCACAUGAAACCAUUAUUCCUAAAUCUUCCAAAAACAUGAUCCCAUGGAAACAAGUCAAAUGCAUGGUUUGGAUUCCUAAAUUUGGUAAUGAUGUAGAGAAUAUGGAAGAACAGAAAAGUCUUGUGAAAACUUUCUUUGAUCAUCUUUCCAUUCGUAUGUUGGGUGAUGCUUUGCAUCAUGUCCAUGUCAUCCUUGUUAUGAACAACCUUCGAUUCACUCAACUACAGGUUGAACAUGUUGGAAGGGAGAGUUUCUUUUACCUUAGAGAAUCGUUUGGGUUUGAUGAAUACAGCUUUGGAAAGCUGUGUGAUGGUGUGACUACUAAAAAGCCAAUGUUGACAUCCAAGGCAGUUGUGUAUGCAUUCGAUUUGUGUCCUCCUAAUGAUAUUCAGUUUGGUGAUUUUGCAUCACUUCUUCACAAGCAGCUACAUAACUUAAGUUAGGAAAUGGUAUAUUGCUAAUGCUUGGUUUUUAGAAAUAGUAAUUAUAAUGGGAUGUGUGUUUAUGGUUGUUUACUUUGCACUAGUUUUUUUUUUUUUUUUCCACUGGG